AGAACCUGGCCGACGAAUAUUCGGCCAUGUGAAGAGCCAUACCAGUUGAAAUUCAUCUUCCUCAUUUAAGCCACGAAAUGACCAUGCAGCAACCUUCCCAAAUUCAUUGUAUAGACAAACUUGAGCUGUAACAUUAAUAGUAGGAGCAAAUGACUCAUCAAGUGCAUGUAUAAAUAUUCCCAUAAUAAGGGGUAGGACGAAAGGGGAUAACAUAUAUCCGCAUACAUGUUUUACUCCCGAAAAUAUAGCACUCCACUAAGUAAAGAGAAAAUGAGAAGAAGGGGAAUGUCGGCCAUUACUAUCAUCAUCACAAAGAAGACCCAGCAUUUCGAUUAGAAGCCUCGUUAUCACUUAGACAUGCAACCAGAGGAGUACCGAAGCUAGCUAGUUAGUACCACCGGCCACGAUACCAUCGGUUGGGACCGGACUGCCAGACCGCCAAACCUGCCGCCGACGUAACACUUCUCACCACCACCGUCUAUGCACUGCCGUUACCUUGCCGCUGACCAAUAAAGAAAGUAAAGAGGAGAAAGGGAACCUGGAUUCACACAUUGCUACAAGGAUGCCGGAGUUUCCUACCGUCACCGGCACUUAGAAUAUUCCGACGCUAAAAGAAAGUGGUGCUAGGCAAAACUGCCAUCGGCUAAGAUGCUCUCUGUCCCUAACUAGACUACUAGAGUAUAACAAGAGAUUAAUAAACUAACAUUGCUGCUUAUCCACACUCCAUUGCAUGGUUUUCCUCUUGGGUUCUCCUUGGACGAAUAAAGAAGACGGUCAAGCAAGUGGAGCAGCAAGUGAUUUAAUUUUUGAGCCGGACCGCCGAGAGUAUUUUACUGGACUGGAUUUCUAUGGUUUACAUACUCUCUCGCAACUUAACUAAGGUUGAAGUUUGUUCACGAGACCAGUUUUAUCCAUUUGGGAGAUUCCCUAGAGCAGACUUGCUAAAAUGAUAAGAGGUAGGGGUAGAGCGACCAGAAGUAACCCCGAAGGUUUAACACCCCAGGGCAGAAAUAAUGCACCGCCAAGAGGGGGACUUACCAACAGAGGAAGAGGUAGACCUCCCAUCAGAAGAAUGACCAUACCAUCGAGAGGCCGUGGUGGUCGGCAAGGGGAACAUAUCAACGAUAAUGACCACGCUGGAGCGGUAAACGAACCUCAAAAUCAUGAUGAAGAAGUUGAGUCUCAACCUACACCCCAACAACAACAACAACAACAACAAGGCGUCGAGAUACCACCACUAGAUGAAAUUGGAAAAGUUUUGGAUUGGUAUAAACGCGCACGAGGGCAACAAGAAGGAAAUGUACAAGUCAUAGGUUCACAAAUGGGAGAACAAGAAGUCAAUAUGAUGUCAAAGAGGAACCGGGAAGAGACAAAACCCUUGAUUAGAAUCUCCAAAUAUCUCAGGGAGGCUAGAGAACUGGGAUGCAAAUCCUUCACCGGAGUAGGUGAUAUCUCAGUAGCAGCUGACUGGAUCUCUAAACUGAAGGAAACAGCUGAAGAUAUGGAACUGACAGAGCCACUUAAACUCACUGUAGCUACAAAAUUACUCGAAGGAAUAGCCGCAACGUGGUGGACUAGCAUAAAAGGGAAAUACCAGGGCAAAGUAACCUGGGCGAAGUUCGAGAAGGAGUUCUAUGAGCAAUUCUACUCAGCAUAUGAAGUUAACCUGAAACAUCAGGAGUACACUGAACUUAAACAGGGAGAACUAAGUGUGAAGGAACUAGAACAAAAGUUCCGUGAUUUUGCUAGGUUCUUACCUGAGUAUGCUUCUAACGAGAAUCGCAUGGCGAGUAAGUUUUGGUACGCACUGAGUUUGGAUGUGCGCGACCGUGGAAACUUUCAUGAAGAAAUGACGUUCAGUCAAGUUGUGAACCAAGGGCUAAGGGGUGAGAAAAGUCUCAUGGAGAGACGACAACAAGACCAAGAAGAUAACAAGAAGAGACGGGUGGAAGGAGGGGGACUCCUCAACCCACCUAAACGGUCAAACUCCAAUGGGACUUAUGGAGGGUCUCGAGGACCAUCACUUCCAUCACAAGGGAGGCAAACUACGUCCAUAGCGGACUCGAGAUCAAAACCCUUAUGGAAUGAUAAGUGCAGGAAUUGUGGGAAAAGACACUCUGGGAAAUGUCGUGAACCACCAAGGUGUUAUAACUGUGGAGAUACAAGCCACAUGAUGAACUCAUGCCCAAAGCAAAGAAGAACUAACCUAGAGCAGAAUACUAUUAGGCCCACACGUGGAGAUACUCGAUCAGGCAUGUCCCAAAUUUCUCCAAACCAACGAGGAGGCCCGACCAGUAAUGCUCCUUCAGUAAACCAGGGCCGCACACAAGCCAGGGUCUAUGCUAUGACUGAAGAAGAUGCCCGUGAAAAUCCUGAAUCAGUAACAGGAAUUGUGGUUAUUGACGGUAUGGAUGCUAGAAUCCUUAUCGAUACUGGAGCACAACGUUCUUUUGUGAGCGAGACGUUUGCAACCAAAUUGAGUCGCCCAAAAGGGUUAUUGCCACAGACCUUAGUGGUAUCAACACCCCUAGGCGAGGAGAUUGAGAAGAAAGAAUUUUACCCAUCUUGCAUCAUACAAAUACAAGAUUGCCGGCUCGAAUGUGACCUCAUUCCUCUAGGAAUGCUCGAGUUUGAUGCUAUCAUUGGCAUGGAUUGGCUAUCUAAAUAUCAUGCAAAAGUGAA